CAAAAUCAUCUGAGAUGUGAAGAUGGCUGCGAAGUCAGUAAGUCGUGUGCGCCAAAUUCAUUGAUUAAUAAGGCCGAGAUAAAAUGUAUCGCCUUAUUGUUUGCCACGCGAUUUUUCGAAUGAAAAAGAUAGGCUACGCAUAAAGCUGUAAAGCAGCAAGUGAUGGGAAGAUGGUGAGGGAGCACUUUUACAACUGGUAUGGGUUCUCAAACGCUGGAAAUUUUGAGACAAGGCGUCUGGGCGAGCCUGACAGGAGGCUGGUUUUACGAUCCGCAUCUCGAUAUUUUUUCAAAUACUUUUCACCUUUACAUUUGGCUCUUCCUGCUCUGCUUACCAUUUACUAUAUAUCUUGUGGAGACAGAGGAGAUCUAGAGUAUUUUCCACCAACAUUGUAUGUUUGGGUGGCAUAUUGUUCUUCGAUCGGAGCACUAUUUGGUACAAUAAAAUGUGUCAAUCAUGCAUUGCAUUGUGUGUAUGAUACGACUGAAUGUUUAGAAGAAUGUGGUCAAGCUAUUAGCCAGCAAAGAUCAGAAAGUGAAAAAAGACAUAUAGUGCAUAAUAAAUGCAGGGAACAAUCACAAAAUCAAGUAGAUCAUGGAAUAGAGCUCCAAGUUUUAAGCGGAAAAACAGAUACACCACCUGUUGAAUGCUCAUCACGCAACUCUUUUAUCGAAUCAAAUGUGCAAAAUGCAGAUGCAGAUAGUAUAACAUCCGAGUACAAUCGAGAUAAACCUAGUUCAACUAUAGAUUUGAAGGUAGAAAUUCAUAGGAAAAAUAGUUCAGAAAGUUCAGAAGAAGCACAAUUAACUAAACCAAUGGUACCUAGUAUAAAUGUACAUGAAGCAGAAAUAGCUGCUACUCAACACUAUGAACCAUGUUUUCGAAGUAAAAGAUACGAAAGAAGGUUAAAACGACUCAAGUGCGUUGUUAUUACCGAGCAAGAUCGACAAGGUUCCAGAAAAUUGUGCAGGCAUGCAUCUAAAGAUUCACGAAAUCGUCACUCUAAACAGGGUAGUCUUGGUAAAACAGGUUCUGAAAGUCAAAUAAAACAAACAAGUUCAUUAGAACUGGAAGACCAUGCAGAUGAUUAUCCUUAUUGGAAGUCCAAUCAAAGUGUUCGACGUCUUAAUUCUAAUUCAAUUCCAAUGGAAACUCAUUUAAUGAACGAUCAUCCGCAGAGUUUAGAAAUUAUAUCAAAAAAGGAAGACAUGGACAAAAAUAAAAUUUCAUCACAUCCACAAUCCUUAGAGGUUAUCACAAAGAAACCACAUCAACAACUUAUUCAUCCACAAAGUCUUGAAAUAAUUGGUGCUACUAACAAAAAUAUGAACUCUACAGAUGACAAUAAUUUACCUCUUCACCCACAGAGUCUUGAAACAAUUAAUACUAAAAAGGUAUUACCUCAGAAUACAUUGAGAAAAAAUCAACUCCAGUUAUUACCAUAUCUUAGUUACGGAUCGGAGAUAGUACAUCCUAUAGCAGAACAAAGCGAUGAACAGUUUGCUAAUGAAAGUACAGGAGGAUUUAGUCUUCGCGAUUCUUGUAGUCCAUUACUUACUCGAAAAAGUUGUGAAACUAAUACUACCUCAAAUCGAGACAGAAGUCUUAGUACUAGCCGAUUUGAAGAUAGAUUUUCAAGAUUUAAUGGGGAUGCUGGUAUAGAUAAUGAUUCUGCAAAUUCUCGUGAUGCCCUGAUCGAAGAAUCAAAGCCUGGUGUGAAAAGAAGAUACAGUAACGCGAGUCAGAGCAGUCGUGAAUUUUCAGAUGGAGAGAGGUCCAAAGACAAAGAUAAAUUGAAAAAUAUAGAUGAUCCGUUAAAUGUUGGAAGUGUUCUUGGAAUUGAUCGAUUAUUCGAAGGCAAUGAUUGUACAUUAGAGUCACGAACGAAUAAAGGAUUGCAUGAUAAGGAACCAGAUUCUGGUUCGUCUAGUACGAUACUGAGCAUGGAAAACGAGGUGAAACGAAAGUUACUCCCGCAAUUAGAAACAGAUAACAAACGACAUCAAGGUGCGAUACCUAAACAAAGCCGUCCAAAACCUGCAGUAGAAGCUAUAGAUGAUAAUAUUACAACUGUUGAACAAACCCGGCCAAGACUUAAACGAACGUUAGAAGUCAGAAGAGACAAAAAUAGAAGAAGAGAAGGAAGAUUUGAGCAAACUAGCGGUUCGAACAACGAGUUAAGUACACUUAGCCUUGCAUCUUCUUUGUUAGCUACGUUAUUGACUUCUGGUCGAGAGUUACCUGGUCAAUCUAGUACAGUGUCCGAUUUAAGAUUAGGCUGUAGUUCAGAAAACCGAAACUCACGAAGAAGGCGAGGUCCUUUGAAGUGCUCAAUUAGACCGUAUCGCGUACCACGAGAUAGAAAUCGGGACGACAACGUUGUUCCGUUCACCGCUCUACUUGGAUUGAUAUCGAACGAAGAAUGUCAUUUGGUCGCUAACCAUAACGACACCAUAGAAGCAACCGUACCUUAUUUCCACGACGAAAGCGAACGCUGGUUAGCCUAUACCUUCGACGAGAAAACAUCCGACGCUGCUGCAGCUGCGCAAGUUCCUUCUAGCAAUAAUGAUAAAUUGUUGAACACCUUGCUACGUCAACAACUUAAUCAAAAUUUACGUUACGAUAGAAAUUGGGAAUUAACGGACACUCUAAGCAUCAGUUCUAGUAGUCCAUCGUUAAAUUCUCUUGAUUUAAGUAUACACAUAGAUACACCGCCUGUUUUGUCGAGCCCAAAAAGCAAUCAAACAAAGGCACAAAAUUCAUUUUCAUCAAAUUUAGUUUCUUCGAAUACUGGAAGUACUAAUCACUCGACGGGAGAAACCUCGGAACGAGAUCAAUUUCAUCAGAAUGCUGGGAAUUCGAAUCAGUGUGAACCUGAGACCUUAGAACGUGAUCAAUUUCAUCUGUACAUGUCACGUAUCGAAUCGAUGACAGAUAGAAAUCGAAGAUUACGGAAUUUAUUAGGAUAUUUCAAUUUGAACCUUUACCCAGUUGACUCUAAUCGUCGAGUGUCUGUCUUAACGAUGCCAACGCAUCAGGAAGCCGAUAUGAACACAAAUUUAUCUUGGAACCGAUUUAUCGGUGGUUUAGAUGGUUCUGAUUCUAAACCCAAACAAGCAAGACAUUACUAUAAAUGGAAAAUUGGGAAAUUACCGCACAUCAAAGUGCGAUUCGAUCGUUUAUUUUUGUUAGCUUUGUUGGAUCGAAAUUUGACCAUUUUUGAGACUAUCAUUUCGACGUUCCUAGCAGUCGCCGUCGCCGGAUUAGGUCUCUUGUUGCUUCAACAAGGAUUUUACCAAGAUAUAUUUGCUUUCAUGUUCUGCUUCGUAACUGCCGGAUGUCAGUAUUCAUUGUUAAAGUCUGUUCAGCCUGACGCUGCUUCUCCGACGCACGGAUUUAAUCGCAUAAUAGUCUUCUCCCGCCCCGUGUAUUAUAUAUUAUGUUCAGGGUUCAUAUUAAUUUUCAACGAAUCUUUGAGGAACUUUAAAACAUCCGAGUUUCGGAUAUACGGUUUACGAAUCGCAGACUAUGACGUUAUAUUGCAGAUACGCAAUAUUUUAUUAAUUUUUCUUUUGUGCUUUCCACUUGUAUUUUCUUUGGGUUUGCUCCCUCAGAUCAAUACUUUUUUAAUGUACCUCUGUGAACAUAUAGACAUUCAUUUGUUUGGAGGUAACGCUACCACUAGUCUACUUUCUUCCAUAUACUGUCUCUGUCGCAGUAUCGUCACUGUAAUUAUUUUGUACGGGUUUGCGUAUGGAGCGCUCACAGAACCCAAGUCUUCGCAACAUAUUUUAUUCUCCAUUUUUGCGGGCUUGUUAGUCGCUGUGUCUUAUCACUUGAGCAGAUCUUCCUCGGAUCCCUCCGUAAUGUGGGAUAUUGUUAAAGCAAAUUUGUGGCCACCAGAAGUUUAUAUGGAAGAAAAGGAAGCUAAGAUUAUUGAGAAUACAUCCCGUAGAGACAAUUUAUCUGCACCGUACAAGGAAGCAAAAUUCAGAGCAUACAGAAGAAAGAAACAUGUAAAGAUUGAAGUUGGCGAACAAAUGUCUGAUACAGAAUUAGUAGAUCCGUUGCCUGAAAAGUUGAGAGCAACAGUAAAUGCAAGAUUAAAAAAUGACUUAAUAGUGUGCACAGUGAUAGGUACUUUGUCUUUCGGAAUUCAUUGUUCAACCGUAUUCACAGCAUUACAGCCAGAAUUAAACCCUGUUUUAUGGGGCAUCGCAAGUUGUCUAGGAUUUCUGUUACAUUACAUCGUACCACAACUGAGGAAAGAAUUACCAUGGUUGUGUUUAUCAAGACCAGUACUGCGUAGUCAUGAAUAUCCUCAAUUUGAAGUUCGUGAACCAGUGAAAAUUAUGUGGUUUGAAAAAGCUUAUGUUUGUCUGUGUUUCCUGGAAAGGAAUGUUUUGUAUCCAAUAGUGUUUCUAGGAGCACUUACAGAGUGUUCGUCAAAAAUUGUAUCCAAAUUUGGAGAAAGUAUAGGGGCAUUAAUUAUAGUUGUCUGCGGAUUGAAAUCCUUAAGGUCUGCAUAUUCUGAUCCAUCAACACGUUACCUGGUUCUAAUUUUUGCUGUUCUGUUUUUCAAGCUAGAUUUCCGAAAUCUCAGUGAAACAUUUUUGGUAGACUAUUUUGUAACAGGAAUAGCAUUUGCUAAAGUUUAUGAAUUACUUUUGAAAAUUCGAUUCGUAGUUACAUACAUUGCACCCUGGCAAAUUACAUGGGGUAGUGCUUUUCAUGCAUUCGCUCAACCCUUCUCCGUUCCACAUUCUGCCAUGCUGUUCUUGCAAGCGGGUAUCUCUGCGAUUCUGAGCACUCCUCUAAAUCCAUUUUUGGGCAGUGCAAUUUUUAUAUCGUCGUACGUGCGUCCGGUAAAAUUUUGGGAACGAGAUUACAAGACAAGAAGAGUAGACCAUUCGAAUACACGAAUGUCUUCGCAUUUGGAUCGAAAUUUGGGUGCGGAUGAUAACAAUUUGAAUUCGAUAUUCUACGAACAAUUAACGAGAUCGCUGCAACACAGCCUUUGUGGAGACCUUGCUCUUGGCCGCUGGGGAAACGUUGAACAAGGCGACUGUUUUUUACUAGCAUCCGACUACUUGAAUUGCUUAGUACACAUUGUACAAUUAGGCAAUGGAUUAGUAACUUUCCAAUUGAGGGGCCUUGAAUUUCGAGGAACGUACUGCCAGCAAAGAGAAGUGGAAGCAAUAUCCGAAGGAAUUGAAGAUAACAACAACUGUUGUUGCUGCGAAAUGGGACAUUUUUCUAAUGUGUUGAGUGUGAACGCAGCCUUCAGACAGCGCUGGCUAGCUUGGGAGCUUGCUAGCUCCAAAUAUGUUCUAGAAGGAUACUCGAUCUCUGACAAUUCAGCGGUUUCUAUGCUUCAAGUGUUUGAAUUUCGCAAAGUACUAGUUACUUACUAUGUAAAAAGCAUUGUUUUCUAUACCGUCAAAUCACCAAAAUUAAAGUAUUGGCUAGAGAAUUCUGAAAUUGCGGAUGCACUUAGUGUAACUCUUAAAAAAAAUUUCGUUGACUUGGAUCCUGUGUUUAAUAUGAGCAUUCACGAGGAUUUUGACUUUCGUGCUAGCGGAAUUACAAGAAGCAGUUUCUGCAACGUUUAUUUAGAUUGGAUACAGUAUUGUGUUACUAAACAUGAUAAGACAUUAGAUAAGUCAAGAAAUUCACGGCUAGUGUCUUUAUGUCUCGCAUUGAGCCUUUUGGGGAGACGUGUUUUAGGAGCAGUGUCUAACAAUACUGUUUCGAACGUGGAAUUUUUUCUGUAUGGAUUGCAUGCUCUAUUUAAAGGAGAUUUUCGAAUAACAUCGGUUCGAGACGAAUGGGUGUUACUCGAUGUCGAUCUGUUAAGAAGUGUUGUAGCAAAAGGAGUAAGAAUGGCGUUAAAGUUACAUCAGGAUCAUUUUAUGAGUCCAGAACUGUACGUUGAGCUGUCUGCUCUUUAUGAAGCUAUAGACAGUCACGACAAGAAUCUUGUGAUCAGUCAUGAAGCAGAUCCGCUCUGGAGAAAUGCAGUUCUGAACGGCGCCCCUAGCCUUCUAGCUCUUAGACAUGCACUUGAUGACGGCAUCGACGAAUAUAAAGUAAUAAUGCUUAAUAAACGUUUUUUAAGUUUCCGUGUAAUUAAAAUGAAUCGCGAAUGUGUCCGUGGUUUGUGGGCUGGACAGCAACAAGAAUUAAUAUAUUUGAGGAAUAGAAACCCGGAGCGAGGCUCUAUACAGAAUGCAAAACAAGCUCUUAGAAAUAUAAUAAAUAGUUCUUGCGAUCAACCGAUUGGUUAUCCAAUUUACGUUUCGCCGCUGACAACUAGUUACGCAGAAACUAAUGAACAGUUAUGUUCAAUAAUUGGAGGACCUUUGAGUCUUGGAAUAAUCAAGACUAACAUUUUGAAAUUGUGGCAAAGUCUUAUUUACAGAGUUAGAAGAAGAUGUGGUCAAGGUUGUUCUUCCGGAGGCACAGGAUCUCAAGAUGAUGGAGGUUUUGGUAACGAUGGAGUAUAUGCAAUGACUACAUACAAUAUUCAUUUAGGCUACAGUCAGUCAGGUCACCAUACAUCCGGCUCACAGUCCAUAGAUUCUGGAUGUCAAAUUGGUGGAUCAACUGGACGUGGUUCUUUGGGAAGAACAAAUACAGGAUCUCUAGGUGGAAACAGAGGAUCGCUGGCUUCGGUUGGUAAACCUACAAGCUCAACACUUGCUAGUUUAGCUGGUCUUCUUAGUAACAGCGAUAUUAAAACUGAAACUAAAAGCGAGACAAGUUUCACCAGUAAAUUAGAGAAAGAGGAAGUCUUACAAAGAGUACGGAUCAUAGAUCCUAAUCAAGUGUACGAUGCUAUUAAUUUGGGUCGUCGCAUAGACGUAAUUUGGCCAGACGAAAGGAUGAGGCAACAAGGCGGUAGAUCUGGAUGGCAACAUUGGGUACCUGAAAGAGGUAUGGAAGGAUGCGUUGUUCAUUGUUGGUCCCCUAAUCAUCGUGAUCCUAAUCGGCGGUCUCACGUAGAUAAAGUAAUCUUACUUGUCAAAAUUGACGAUAAAUAUGUUCCGAUAGCAGAGCAAGGUGUACGAAAUUUGGGGGCAGAAGUGUGAUGAAGUAUUUUUGAAUCCUUUAUAGUAAUACACAUAACGAUUUUCAUACAGUCUUUUUUUGAAUCACGCACUACGAAAUAGAAUUAAUAGAAAUGCGUUAAAAAUUUAAAAAAUUCAUUCCAGUUACAAAAUGAUAAAGUUCUAUCGUAAAUGAUUAUUCUUAAAAUUGUACAUAAUGAAAAUCGACGAAUUUUAAAGACUAGUUUCCUAAUUCUACAUACACACAUGUAUAUAUACAACCACAAAAUACUCUACGUUAUACAAUUUUUCUAAGAUUUUCAUUUACCGGAUUUUUUCCCGUUUUUCGUUUUUCUCUCAUUUUCCUUCCAUUACAAUAAUAUUUAAUAGAUGCAAUUUCCUUGAAAUGUUUGGAACAAACAUGAAUUUUAAAACCUUACAUAAAAAAUUAGUUAAUAUUUUAUCUAUUAUAAUCCAAGGAUUAUUCAUACAUAUUUACUGUGAAGACUAAUCACAAAGUAAAUUGUAUCAUGUUGUAUCAUACUAUGUAUCAUAUAACUAUUAGAUGAUUUAGUAAUAACAGAAUCUAGGUGUUACUUGUUGUUAAUAAGCUAAAUUAUUUUUAUCGAUAUAAAGUUCAUGAUUGGGUAUGUUCAGAUUCUACUGAUUUACAUUGUUCAUAUUUCAAUUAUUAUAUGUUUUUUAUAAUUUAUAAUUGUAUAAAACAUAUAAUUCUGAGAAAUAUAAUAACGUAUAAGAAUAGCGAUUGUUAUAAAUGUUCGUGAAUUGCAUUGUUUGUUAAGGAAGAAAGAUAUUUGUGUUACUGUUAUUGAACAUGCCCAAUAACAACAAGUAACAUUAGUGAAAAUUUGUAUAUAAUAUCAUUCGUGUUUUUCUACAUUUUGUUACAUUUUUUUUAAACUACUUGAUAUAGAUAAGUUGUAAAUAUGCGCAACAUUUCUGCAACAUUAAAGCGUCCAAAUGUAUUUACUGAACAUGUAAUUUUGUGGGGCCAUAAAAUCGCCUCUACAGAACAUAUCGGUGCACUAAUAGCAAUGUUAUAUAUAUAUCUUAAAUUUUGUUUGUAUGCGUUUAUUGUAUGAAAAUUAGGAUAAUCGUGUUGGUGUGUUUACAUGUAGUAUGUAUUCCGUUAUAAUUUUCACUAAAAAGAAAUUAAUAUUACAUUGAACAUUACUUCGUGUAAAUACACCCACAUUUAUCCGAAGAAUAAAAAUAAAUUUAUUAUCA